AUGUCCGCUACUCAAGCUCGUGAUAUCGAAGGGGCCCGGAGGGUCUCCUACAGCCUCAGCUUCUCCAACUCGCCCACAAUGAGCUUCCAUUCCCCUCCGGCUGGUUCUUUGGGGGCGAACUUGAGCGGGAGAGCUUUGAAGCAGCUGACGCCCUUCAAUUCUCAAAACAUCAAGAUCCUCCUCUUAGAAAAUGUGAACCAGACAGGAAGGGAUAUUCUCACUGCCCAGGGAUACCAGGUAGAAGCUCUCAAGACUUCGCUCCCAGAGGCAGAGCUUAUAGAGAAGAUCCGUGAUAUCCAUGUCAUCGGCAUCCGGUCAAAGACGAAACUCUCCCAGAAUGUCCUCCGCGAGGCGAAGAACCUCCUCGUUAUAGGUUGCUUCUGUAUCGGGACGAACCAAGUUGAUCUUGAUUACGCGGCCAAGCAAGGCAUUGCCGUCUUCAAUUCCCCGUUCGCCAACUCCCGCAGUGUGGCUGAGUUGGUCAUCGCAGAGAUCAUCGCUCUGGCUCGUCAGCUCUGUGAUCGCUCUAUGGAGAUACACCGAGGGUUUUGGAACAAGGUCAGCCAAAACUGCUGGGAAAUUAGGGGAAAGACUCUGGGUAUCGUUGGCUAUGGCCAUAUCGGCUCCCAGUUGUCAGUCUUGGCCGAGGCCAUGGGCAUGAAGGUAAUCUACUACGACAUUGUAAGCCUGAUGGCGAUGGGUAUCGCACGCCAAGUUCCAACUCUAGACGCGCUCCUAGAGGAGGCCGAUUUUGUGACCCUCCACGUCCCGGAUUUGCCGGAAACCAGGAACAUGAUUUCCCAUGCCCAGUUCUCCAAGAUGAAGACGGGUUCGUACCUGAUCAAUGCCAGUCGCGGUACCGUUGUCGAUAUCCCCGCCCUUAUCGAGGCGAUGUCAUCUGGCAAGAUUGCCGGGGCCGCGCUGGACGUAUAUCCAAAUGAGCCCGCAGCUAAUGGCGAGUACUUCAACAACAAUCUUAACCAAUGGGGCGAGCAGUUGCGCGCCCUUAACAAUCUCAUCCUCACUCCCCAUAUCGGUGGAAGCACCGAGGAGGCGCAGCGUGCGAUCGGCGUUGAAGUUGGAGAGGCCCUUGUUCGGUAUAUCAAUGAGGGUACGACUCUCGGAAGUGUGAACCUUCCGGAGGCCAGCUUGAGGUCACUGACCUCCGACGAGCCUGACCACGCUAGGGUUAUAUAUAUCCACCAUAAUGUCCCCGGCGUACUGAGGAAAGUCAAUGCUAUCCUCGGCAACCAUAACGUCGAUAAGCAGAUCAGCGACAGCAAAGGCGAGACUGCUUAUCUUAUGGCGGACAUCAGCGAUGUCAAGGUCGAAGACCUGAAGGAGAUAUCAGAGCAGCUCGAUGCCCUGAGUUCUCGCAUCCUUACAAGGAUUCUGUACUAA